AUGUCUUUCCUCGGCUCUUCCACCUCCAAUUCCUCUGCCGAUGUCAAGGCCAACCUUGUCCAGCAGCUCCAGCAGGAGUCUGCCAUGACCAACGCCCGCGCCUUGAUCCAGAAAAUCAACGAGAAUUGCUUCGAGGCCUGCGUCCCUACCCCCGGUUCCUCCUUGUCGGCCCAGGAGAACUCCUGCCUGACCACCUGCAUGGAGAAGUACAUUAACAUGUGGAACAUCACCAGCCGCACCUACAUCAACCGGAUUGGAGUUGAGAGCAAGAAAAUGGGAGCUGAUACUGUUACUUCCUUCGGCUCCGGUCUUUAA